AUAAGAUUUAGGCAAUCUGAGCAGAUUGCAUUCUAUUAUUCACGAUGUUUGUUUUGAACAUUUUUUCAACGACUCACAAACAAAGAGGACUUAACCGUGCUUCUUGUCCUCCACUCGGCAACUACAGCAAUAACCAUACUUUAGCUUAUAGAGUCAAGUGUAUUUCUGAAGAAACUCGGGAUUCCAAUUCUCUUGUCAGUUCCUUGAAUAGAAAGUUGUGGAAAACCUCCGUUGCAGGAAGUGAUAUUCCUAUGAUUUAUUCUCCUUUUUUAGAAGAUAUGCAGAAUACUUUAUUUGCUUCUUUUGAAACGGUUGAAGACUAUCCUUUGUCAGAGUUUUUGGCAAGUGCUCAAAGCAGCAAGAAGCCAGCUCGAAUAGAAUCUUGGUGCUAUCAGUGUCCAAAGUUUCGAAAAAUACGUUUAACUUAUUUGGAUGCAGGAGUUGCUGCUCAAGUGUUUAAUGCAGUAUGGUAUCCAAUAUCGAGUUUAGAACUUCCUAUACUGGGGGUAGACUUUCUAUCGUUUGGGGGCAAAAAUGUCUUGUGUGUUAUGGACUUUCAACCUUUGAUGAAUGAUCAGUAUUAUCUUGAUAAAUAUAUACAGCCACUUCAUCCCAUUCGAGAAAGAUAUGCAGAUCUUGCUGGAAGAAUGUCGAGUCGUUUUUAUGAUGAAAAUCGGUUUUUUUCAAAGGAGUUGUUGUUUGGUAGAUUUGAUUCCACGAAACCUAUCUACGAAAGACUGUUUCCUGCCUUUCGAGAAUAUUUAGACUUGUAUAUCACACUUGCAAAACAAACAGUUGAAGAUGACAAGUCUCGAUCAAUCAUUUGGCAAUUACAAUGUGAAUAUGAUCGAUAUUCAGCAGAGAAGGAUCCUGCUAUGAGCUUGUUUCGAUCUUACUUUGGAAGUACUUGGGCACAUCGCUUUGUUUAUGAAUUUCUGUUUGAAAACAGUCGUUAUGAGAGCAGUCUAGAUAAUAAGACUUGAAUAUCUUAUAAAUAGUUUUAUUGUUUACUGGUUGAGUAUUUCUUAGUUAUCC